AUGGAGAUUAAAUCACUCCAAGACAUCUUUGAUAGAGCGCUUUUUGCAUUUACCGAAACAGUGGACAACCUAAAGGAACCUCUCACUGAAGAGGCGAAAGUUUCGGAGUAUAUAAGUGGCGCUCAGGAACUCAUCUCUCAAUCCACAUCCCUGCUCCUCAAACUGGAGAUUAACAAGGAGCAGUUGACAUCUAAUACCCGUACGCAAGCGGGACUCAUGGGAAACGGGCAUCCAAAUGGAAAUACAGUAGCGCGCAUAGAGCUGCCAAAGUUACCGAUACCGGAAUUCAGCGGGAAGUUCUGGCAUUGGGACAGCUUUUGGGAGCUGUUCAACGCAACGGUUCAUUCUCUUCCACUUUCGGAUUUGCAAAAAUUCAACUAUCUUCUCAGAGCACUUAAAGGGGAAGCCCGCGAGCCCAUUGCUCGUUUCCAGGUCACCUCUGCUAACUACAACCUAGCAAUAGCUCAUCUGAAGGAAUGA